AUGGCAAAGCUCACUGAUCUAUCCAACGAACUGCUCUAUUCCAUCGUCGCACAUCUCGCAACAGGCCGUUGCUCAGAUGUCAGAGCACUAUGGCAAUUAUGCAAAACAUCCCGCGCGCUGGCAGCUGUUGCGCAACCCGCGCUCUACACUUGCGUGGUACUAGGACAGUCGAUGCCCGAGACCAUGAGAUCUCUUGAGCUCUUCUUGCGGACCUGUGUCGAACGCCCCAAGCUCGGAAAGAAGACGCGAUCGCUCACUUUACAUUACCAUCGACCAGCCCCGUACAAAGGACCUGACCUUAUGCGCCUUGACUACAUCCCGCUCCUGCGAUACCCAUCGUUCAGUUCAUUCUCUACUGAGAUCGAGAUAUCGGACGGUAAUGAUGUUCAUCCUGCCACAAAUUUACUCACACCAUCGGCGAUUGAGUUAUGGUGGAGUCUUGGGCCACUCGCUACAAUGCGACAAGCUCUAGACGCAUGUCCUCGAUUGGAAACGUUCAGAUUUGUCAUUCCAGAUGACAGGCGUUAUGGGGGUAUGUUGCCAGACGACAUAGGGAGCGAACCCCUCGUCAGUCCACGAGAUCUAGGGAUUGCGCUACUGGAAAAGCAGAAGGCGACUCUAAAGACGUUGGAAUUACAUUACAACAUCUGUUACGAUACGCGCAGUGCGGAGUUUCAAGAAGACAUGGAACAGCACGGCGAAGACUCAUUCCACUACGUGUACCCCUCGUUCCGCGAUUUCGAGAUGUUGUCGCACAUAACGAUGCAAUUCGGCAAACUUACCAAACUUUGCCACCUACCGGAGUCGUUGAAAUGUCUCAAGUUGCAGGAUUGCCAUUUCGACGUCGACUUGAGUGAAGACUGCCUUCGUGAUAUGCUACAGCUUAAGGACACAUGGUGUCCGCUGAUCGAACAGCUGUCUCUUCAAGGCUAUAAUUUGUUAGACGCCAUCGACAUGAUACGGGAAGUCGAAAGAUCCUUGGAUCUGCGGAUCUUCGAGUUACAUGGCAAAGGUCUUGUCUCGUUCCGCUACCUGUGA